AUGGAGGACGAAAACAAUGUUGAUAUUAGUAUUCUUACGCAAAAUCAAUAUUUCUCAAUAUUUAUUAAAACAUGGGAAACUUAUCCAGAAUUAUGGAAUACAUGUUGCGAAUCAUAUCGCGAUAAAGUAAGGAAAAAUAAUGCGCUUGAUAAGUUGCUCGAUAUUUAUAAAAAAAUGAAACCAAAUAGCACGAGAGAAGACGUCAAGAAAAAAUUAAAUGCCCUACGAACAAAUUUUCGGAAAGAGUUAAAGAAGAUUCACAAAUCGAAAUCAUCAGGAAAAGGAACCGAUGAGGUUUACGUCCCGUCUGCGUGGACGUAUUAUGAAUUGCUGUUUUUAACAAAUGAUGAACAACCAAUAAAGAAAACUAUAGAGGAAGACAAAGAAAAUGAUCAAGACCAAUAUAGCUAUUCGAUUAGCUCAAUGGAUCCACCUCCAACUCCAGUAUCGGAAAAUAAGAAAAGAAAAAAGGAAAAUGACCAGCAAAACCUUUUACAGAGGACUUUAUCGUUUUUGGAGAAGGAUUCUUCUGAUCAUCAAGAAGAAUAUCAUCUUGCCAAAGUCUGGGCCGCUAAAUUGACAAAACUGGAGUCUACACAAAAACUUUUUGCGGAAAAGGCAAUUAACGAUAUUUUAUUUGAGGCACAACUUGGAAAAUUAAACAAAAACUCAGUGAAAGUUAAUGAGCAUGUACCAUAUACUUCAUCGCCUUUGCUGCCUAGACAGUCACUAUAUCAUCCCAGAGUAAACUAUAUUCCAUCACCUAGUCAAUAA